AUGGACGCGUCCGCAGAGAAGAUGAUGGACUUCGCCAUCAUCCCCAUCGAGACUCUUAUCGCCUGCAGAUGCAUUCUCAAUGAAGUGUUCUCCAUUAUCACCCGUAACAUAUCCUCUAGGAGGGUUCUGUGCUCUCAAGAUAUCGACGCAUUAAGUUUGCAUUACCGCCAAGCAAGAGAGGUGUUCGACUCUGGCCACACUGUCUGGCCACUCAUUGUUAAACAGCAAUCGCGCAUCUACGACAUCAUCACCAGGCUCGUCGAGAACGCGACCGAGUGGCUUGAGCGCUCCGCUUUCUCUGCAAUGUUCGCAGAGCAUGGCAAGAACCUCAAGAAGUACUUGAAACCCCAGCGAGGCUUUUCAGCCAGCGGAUUGGCUGUGCGUGGAGAUGGUACCGUCUUGAGGAGGGAGCUCAUCAUUCUGGAGCAGCGCGCAAUGGUGCUAAUCUACAAGAAAAACUUCGACCAACUGGAGUUCUAUGGCCCUCAAGAUCAAGAUAUGCAGAAUUUCGAGAAUUUCUUGAUGGUACUGACCUGGGCGAGGGAGCAACCUCUCGGGCGUAUGUUCAGCAAGGCGUUCAGCGGAACCUACUUGGAACACGUUCCACAAGUCCAGAACGACCCGGUCUCAGACCAUGUCAGUCUCGCCGGUACGUAG